AUGGCUUCAGGAAAAGACACUUGUCCUAUCUUACCUAAACUGGCCAACAACUGCUCAGAUGAUAAGUCAAAUAAGCCUGAUAAUAAGAGUAGUGAGAUUCAUUUGCCACGAUUUUCGUUAAAGCAAGGGAUGAUCCCAAGACGUUACACUAUGCCUUGGAAAGAAAGUAUGGAAUUCAGGAGUGUGAAUCUGAAGCAUGCCGAAGCGUGUGGGAUCCAUGCUGGCCCUUUGGAAGACUCUCUGUUUUUGAAUCACAGUGAAAGGCUUUGCCAUGGAGAAGACCGUAAAGUGGUCCUAAAGAAAAGCCCAUCGAAAAUAAAAGUCGCAGAUAUGCCUAUGCAUUCGCCUCUCUCCAGAUACCAAAGCACCAUGAUUUCCCAUGGCUUCAGGAGACGGCUGGUUUGA